UAUAAUGAUAAUAAAAGUACAAUUAUUACGACAUCGACAACGACGAGACGUGAAAUGUUCGGAUUCCCGCCAUUUCAACUCUCAUUGGGUUCUAAAGGGUUUUGUAAGAGAUGGGACAAUGGGUUAACUAGGACGAGAAUGCAGGCUGGAGAGAUUGUGUGGACAAGAGUUUUGUUUCCUCAAAAAUGGUGGCCCGGCCUAGUUCUGCGAGCCGACGCUCUUGGCGUUUUCGUCUCCUUCUUCGACCUUCAACCCCCUCGCUACUUCUUCAAACCCGAGGUCCGUCCCUUCGAGGACAACUUCCGGUCGCUGAGUUGCAGCACGUCCGAUGCUCUGCUCGAUCGGGCAUUGAGGUUGUUCGGUCGGAGGACUCUUUGGAGCCUUACAUGUCCUUGCCGGAGGAGAAAAAAAAACUCGAGGGAUUGUUUUCAGGCGGCCGCAGCAGCGGCGACGUCGUUUCAGGCGGUUGGGGUGUUGGGAUUUGUUCGGAGCAGGGCUGUUUUACCCUGGAUUGAGGAGGCAGACUUUGUUGAUGCAGUUAGAGUGCUCGCCCAAAUUCAGGCCUUUCGUGGGUAUAGUUCAGGCAAUCAGAGAUCAAGGUACAAGCGAAACUACCAAAGAGGUAGUGAGGACGAGAAUUCAAUUGAAACUGAUAAUUUAGAAGUGCAAGGUGAAUCUCAGCUUUUCUUUAUGGAAGUGGAAAAGAUUCUGGCAGCUGGUGUCACAAAGAUACCAAACUCAGGACUUCCGGUUGUGAAAGAAUCUUUUAAUGAACGCCAUCAUGACAGUAUGUCACAGGCUCGAAUCAAGCAAUGGAAGGCACAUGCAGCUAAUGAGAUGCUGGUAAACUUGCAUUGUCUUGCCGUAGAUCCAUGUUAUCUAGUAGGGAAGCACUUGAAAACGUUGGAGCAGAAUGUUUUGAGGUCCAGAAGCUUGUCAUUCCAGAACACCCCUGACUUCUGUUUGACAAAAUUCUUGCAACCUAAAAGCAUCGAAGCCCAAUCUUCUCAUCAGCUUGACAUUAAUUCACCUACUCGAAUCAAGCAGCUGAAGGUACAAUCAGUUGAUGAGAUGCUGAUAAACUUGUGCAGUCUUGCUCUAGAUCCAUGCUCUCUAGCUGGGAAAUUCCUGAAAACGUUGGAGCAGAAUGUUUUGAAGUUCAGAAGUUUAUCAUUCCAGAACACACUUGCAAAAUGCUUGCAAUCUAAAGGCGUUGAAGCCCAGUUUUCUCAUCCUGGAUCUACCAAUCCCGAGAUGAGUGUGAAAGUUGAUAGAAAACAAAGUUGUGUAGAAAAAUUUUCCUCUUCUGUAUCUUGCACAGACACUUCUGUUAACUUUCUGGGGAUAAAGAGGAAGCUUCAGCAGCCAUCUGCUUCUCUUCGUUCUUUUAAAGUACACAAAACUAAGCCUUGUUUUUCAGGCACUGGAACUAGUGCUUCUCUGCAUAUAAAUAAAACUGGCGGUAAGGCAAACUCACUUGAUGCAUCCAUGUCAGCUCCCUUAUCUGGUCCUUCUUUCGAGUUGCAGAUGGCUAUGUCUGCAUUCCAAUUAAAUGGCAGUGGUGCUUAUUUGAAAAGAAAGCAUAAUGGUUUUGACAUAGAUCGGCUUAAUGCUCCCUUUCCAAUUUCUCCAAUAAAGUUUAAAAUCAAACACCACUCUGCCUCCAGUCCUCAGAGCUUUACCUAUUUAUGCAACAGUAGCUUUGUGGAGUUGGUUCUGGACAUGUUCAGCAUCUCCCUUUCAGAAGAAGCAUCUCAUCAUGGUGAUAAUGUUGAAAUCGAUAUUAAACCCUGCAUAUCUUGUGUUGAAAGACAGGAACUUGGGAAAUGUGUAUGUAAUUGGGAAUAUAACGGGGUUCAGGAUGAGGAUGUUGGAGUUGAUAGCAAUUUGAGAUCACUUCAACCGCUUGCAACUCAAUCAUUGUCUAACCAUGUGAUUGGUACUCAUACUAAUUCUACUGAGGUUGAUUCUGGAUUAGCAGCCAAAAAAUGCCCAUUGCAAUCUGGUCUUAUAGCUGAUAUAAUUAAAAAAUUGCACGGUGAUGGUGCCAUAUCCAAUAGAUCCAAUGAAUGUUCCAGCAUUAAUUUGUCUCUUGGUGACAGCUUCAAGGAGCUCUAUCGACCUGUUAUUUCUAUUUCAUCAUUCGGAUCACAAAGGGGUCGGCAGUUGGAAGCAUUUGCUACUUCUACAUCUUUGCAUAUGAAGUUUCCUAGGCUUUUUAAGCUGCCGUCAAAGGAGGAGUUGGUAAAAGUGUUUAGUCCAUUUGGCCCUGUAGAUACCCUGAAGACAAGAAUCUCUUCUUGGACAGGUGCUGCCCAGGUCGUUUUCUCACACCCAACUGACGCAGUGGCUGCUUACCAAUAUGCCAAGGAAAAAAUAACGUUAUUUGGUAAGGCAAAUAUCCGGUUAUGGCUUGACCCACUGGAACACAGAAGGAGAGGAACCAAGUUUUCAGUUCCUUCUCCGUCGAUGACAGGGAAACCGGUGAAUCAGAAGUCAUGUCCACCUGUUAGUUCUACGUCCUCAAUCAAGUCUCAAAGAGGUGAGAAAUUGGAAGCACCUACCUCCGCUACUGCUUCCACAUUGCAUUUGAAGUUUCCCACAGACUUCAAGCUCCCAUCAAAGGAGGAGCUGUUAAAGAAAUUUAGUCCAUUUCACACAGUUGACUCCCAGAGGACAGAAGUCUUUUUUUAUACAGGUGCUGCCCAGGUGGUUUUCUCAGACCCAACUGAUGCAAUAGCAGCUUACCAAUGUGCCAAGAAAAAGGUUUUAUUUGGUGAUACAAACAUCCGGUUUUGGCUUGACUCGCUGGAACACAAGAGAAGAGGGACCAUGUUUUCAGCUCCCUCUCCAUCGAUGACAGGGGAACCAGUGAAUCCGAAGUCAUGUCCACCUGUUAGUUCUACUUCCUCGUUCAAGUCUCAAGGGGGUGAGCAAUUGGAAGAACUUGCCCCUGGUACUGCUUCCACAGCUUUGCAUAUGAAGUUUUCUAAGAAUUCCAAGCCGCCAUCGAAGCAGGAGCUGAUAAAGAAAUUUAGUCCAUUUGGGACAAUAGACUCCACGAAGACCAAAGUCUAUUCUUGCACGGGUGCUGCCCAGGUGGUUUUCCUAAACCCAACAGAUGCGGUAGCUGCUUACCAAUAUGCUAAGAAAAAGCGGGUUUUAUCUAGUGAGGCGAAUGUCCGGUUUUGGGUUGAUGCAAUGGAGCACAGGAAAAGAGGAACCAAAAUUCCGGUUUCCCCACCUGAGCUGACUGGGAAACCAGUGAAUCUGAAAUCAUGUCUAAAAAAAUCUAGCCCCCUUGAACACAGGGACAAGAAAAAACCUUAAACCUUACAAUGUGAGAUUUAUAAUUCAGACAUAGAUCACUCCCAUUUUUUGAUCUACUAAAUGAUGAAGCACUGCUUCUUUUCCCCCUCUUCUAUUUUUGGCCAGAGAUGA